AUGAGUGGUGAUGGCUGUCGCCCUUACAUCUUCUCAGGCAGCUGGGUGCAUUUCCAGGCAGGGUGGGUCUGUCAUCCUCCCCAGAAAGUCUUAGAGAGAGAAGCCUCUGUUCCCAUCUUCCUCAGAGGUAGAAAGACAUGCCAGCUCCUCUGUAGCGUCCGUGUGGGCACCAGGCCAUGGGGGUGUGGUCUCCAUGCAGCCGGGGAUGACCUUUGCAUCUGGGCCUACAGCAGAAGGUCACCCCACCGCUCCUGGCUCCCUCACCCCUUUUCUCUGUGGCUCGAGGCCUGGGAGGUGGAGGCCCUGGCGAGGGGCUCUCUGUGCGUCCCACCCACUGCUGGGAGAGACUCCCAAAGCAGUGGUCUCCGCGCCCUGGUCACCGUGCUCAUCUACUCUUCUCCCGGGCACUCAUGGAGGCUGCCUGAGUCUCCUUUGUCCCACCAGACUGGGCCUCUGGGCCUGCUGUUUUUCUUCACCCAGUGA